AUGGAGUCAUUGCAAGUUAUUCCAACUUACUUCUUGCGAUUAUCUUCGAGUUCAUCCACAGAUAAUUCAAAAUUGAAAUUAUUUUCUGACUGGCUUUUGGAUAUUGGUGAUGGUCGCAUCGGUUUACCUCAUGAUGGAAUGGCAGAGAUAGAAGUCCCUGAUGAUUUUUUAAUUAUGGACUAUCAUGAUCCUCUGCAGUCGAUUGUCGAAGCCACAUAUCCUGAUCUUUUACAUCAUUUAGCUGAUUCUGAAUAUCUCACUAAUAGGGAUAUUUUGACACCAACAGUUGAAGUGGUUGACCAAAUUAAUGACUAUAUGUGCUCCUUACUGCCUGGCGAGCCUAUUGUAUAUUUUAGCUCUCAUUCUGUGAGUAUAGCUGAUCAAGGUUGUGCAUCAUUUCAAGAGUUGUAUACCAUCGAAUUCUUGAACACAAUAAAAUGCUCUGGCUUGCCUCCACAUAGACUUGCAGUGAAAGUUGGAGUUCCCAUAAUGCUGGUGAGAAACAUAGAUCAAGCUGCAGGACUCUGUAAUGGCACAAGACUAAAGAACACAUUUCUUGGUAAACACUUUAUUAAAGCAAUAGCUCUUAAUGGUACAAGUACAAGUCAAGAAGUUUUGAUCCAUCGAAUGGAUAUGAAUUCUUCAGAAUCUAGACUACCAUUCAUGAUGACAAGAAGGCAGUUUCCUAUCAUAUUAUCAUUUGCCAUGACGAUCAACAAAAGUCAGGGACAAUCAAUGACUAAUGUUGGCUUAUACCUACGUAGACCUGUCUUCACACAUGGUCAAUUAUAUGUUGCGCUGUCAAGGGUUAAGUCUAUGGAUGGCAUCAAGAUUUUAAUUCUUGAUUCAGACAAAAACCCAACAACAAGACCACUAAUGUGGUCUACAGAGAAAUAUUUCAAAACAUCAUGUGAAGCUUAUUGGUGA